AUGCUAAAAGCAUGUGUUGGUGACAAACAGUCGGUCCGGAUCAGCGCAAUGCAGCAUCUUUUCACCAUUGUCGGAUUGAGAGCCAAGCCCAAAACGACCAACGAGAUGACUGAAGCGUCACCGGACCCAGUCUGGUCAUUCCAGCUUCUGGCUUCAAUCAGCAGAUCACGAACCGUCGCGUCCCCAGCAGCCAGUCUAGAAACUGCAAUGUUGACCGUCUCUGCACACCUGGUCUCCGGUCUUCUUCUCCUAUGCUGCCUCCAGGCCGCAUUCGCCGUGCCUAAGACAAUACAAGGCGUGAGCGAUGUCCGACGAAAGAAAACUGAUUGGUCCAUGACGAACACACCUCACCAGAAAAUUCAUCUCGAUCCAGACACUCGCCUGGAUCUGAGUAGUACAAUUGAUGCUGAAGCCGAAAAAGAGGCCUACAACAGAUGUGGGAUGGCAGUCACCGAUGGUAACAUCGGUGCGCAUAUAGACAAUCCUCUGAUAUCCGUCAAUUUAGAGGCAACUGAGUCACAAGAAUGGUCUAAAGUUAAUCGAAUCAUACUGAUAAACCUGCACCGACUCUUGGCUCUUGUGGAACUUGCGGAUUGCUCAUACGACUACUUGGAACUUUUCGAUGGUCCUCCGGAUCCUUCAUUCUUGAUACACAAACUCUGGUGGCCUCGGAUACCGGCCGCUAUAGCGUCGACGUCAAAAAGAUUGAUCGGGAAACUCGUUGCUGAGAGUUGGACAAAUGAGAUACGAUUCAUGGCCAGCUUUAAAAAGGUCCUUUACGAAGAGUUAGACGAAUGCAUUACUGAUGAUCCCGGCUGCGAGCACACCUGCGUUGGCUAUACCAACGGUUACAAAUGUCAGUACGAUGAAAAGUUCGAGCUUCUGCUGGAUGGAAAAUCCUGCCAAUGA